AUGGCCCGCGGCAAACCCGGAUCCAAGCCCGGCAAGCGGAAGGCCAUUCCUGCCAAGAAGGAGAAGGAGAGGCCCAAGGAGGCAACGGACGACCCCGUGGCGCUCUCGGAUCGGCACGUGGCAGAGGCCCUGGCAGAGUCCCUUCCCUGCGACCUCACGCCGCAGCAGAUCUUCUGCCUGAUGAGCCACUGGCAAAAGCCCAUCCUCAAGGCACGGAUCCCGGGCCAGCGUGGCCGGAGACCCACCAAGCAGAUGCUGGAUACGGCCAAGAAGCAGGUCAAACGAUUCCUGGCACGGGAGAAGGCUUUGGGAGACGAGAGCAAGGUGGUGAAGGCCUUUCAGUUGGCCUCAGGUGAGCCUUCCUUGCGCUUCGAUUGGGCUUUUGCACAAGAGAAGGCUCGCAACGCCUCCCUCGAUCGGGAACAAAAAGUGGAUGCCUGGUCCGAGUGCUUUGCCAUGACCAGCGGUCAUACCAAUCUCAGUUCCGAGAUCUUCCUCUGUGGCACCAAGAAGCUCACGCAAAAAGCUUUGAACUCCCUGCUCUGCCACGAGUCCUUGCACAACCUGGCGCGCCGAUACAUGCGGCCCGGUAAUCCCUUCUUCGCAGAGGAUACGGAGCACAUGGCCAUGGCUUUGCUAGGCGAUCCUCAACUGGUCCAUGAGGAGAACCUGGACAAGGUCUUGAAGGGCAGGGACUGA